AUGCGUUCCCGCCACAGCACGGCACGCCCCGUCCCGCACGCGGCGGCGGCGGUCGCCCUCCUGCGGCUGGCUGCACUGCUGGCGCUGGCUGCAGUGGCCCCAGCGGGGGUAGCCUCCGCGGAGGACGCCGCAGCAGCCGCAGCAGCCGCACACGAAGAGGAAAGGAUCAUGCUGGACCUGCGGGGCCUGCUGUGGGGCAGCCUGCCGCAGUGGAUGGCGUACCGGCCUGGCUGGAACCCUAUCAACAACUCCUCCCACUGCACCUGGUCCAACGUCAAGUGCAACAGCGGCAAGCACGUCGUCUCGCUGGUGCUGCGCGGCUUUGUGCCUCGUCCCAACGGCUCGCAGCGGCCCCAGGGCCCCGGCAGGAAGGGCGCUGCCGGCAGCAACCCGCGCUUCAACGCCACCGUGGCGGCGGCAGAGCUCGAGGCGCUCGGCAAGCGGGCCGCGGCGGCGCUGGCGCUGCCCCCGGCCCUCGCCCGCCUGCCGUGGCUGGAGGAGCUGAGGUUGGCUCAGUCGCUGGUGCCGCUGGAUGGCGGCGUGCCGGACGCGUGGCUGGCCCCCGGCGCCUUCCCACGGCUCAGGAGGCUGGAGAUUUGGGCGCCGGGGCUGGGCGCGCCGCUGCCCGCCAUCCCGCGCGGCGUGCUGCCGGCGCUGGAGCAGCUGGACCUGCGCUUUCCCGUGGCCGCCACCCUGCCCGCGGCCUGGGGCGCGCCGGGGGUGCUGCCUGCGCUGGAGUCGCUCACGCUGCGCGCGCUGUGGUCUGGCGGCCUGCCCCCCGCCUGGGCCCGCGGCUUCCGCCAGCUCCGCACCCUGCGCCUGGCUGACUUCUACUGGCGCGCCAGCCGCCCAAGCGCGGCCGCCGACCCGUCGACGCUCAGCGGCGGCGGCGGCGGCGGCGGCGCGGAGGCGGAGGGCCGGGGGGACCCUUGGGCGACAGACCCCUGGGCUGCAGCCUCGGAGCUGGAGCCGGGAGAGCAAGGGAUGACAGAGGUGUUCCCCCACUGGCCAGCCAGCAGCAGCAGCAGCAGCACCGGCGACAGCAGCAGUAGCGGCAGCAGCAGCGACAGCGGCGGCAGCGGCGGCGGCAGCAGCGGCAGCAGUCAAGCUGGUGCCGGCGGCAGCGGCGGCGGCGGCCUCGCUCCGACCCUGCCUCGCGACUGGGCGGGCGGCUUCCCGGCGCUGCGCUCGCUGGCCCUCAACGGGCUGGCUCUGGAGGGGCCCCUGCCGGCCGCCUGGAUGACCGACGCCGCCCUCCCGCUGCUCUACCUUCUAGACCUGAUGGGGAAUGCGCUGACGGGUCGCCUGCCCGCCAUCCUGUUCCAUACACACCCCUUCCUGUGGCACGUGGAGCUAGACAACAACAGCUUCACGGGGAGGCUGCCAGACGCGUGGCAGGCGGCCCGGGUGCAGCGCCUGUCCCUGGCCUCCAACCAGCUCACCGGCCCCGCCUUCCCGCCCGCCUGGCUGGAACCAGGCUCCCUGCCCUCCCUCAGCGCCCUCUUCCUGUCUGGCAACGUGGGGCUGACCGGCACGCUGCCCGCCAGCCUGCCCUGGCCCAACCUGCAAUCCUUGGUGCUGGCUGGGACGGGGCUGGGAGGCACCAUCCCUCCCGACUGGUGCACGGCGCCCUUCCGCCUCUCCCUCAAGCACCUGUGGAUUAAGGGAACCGACAUCGAUCCCACGCUGCCGGUCUGUCCCAACCGGGACGCCACUCACAUCUAUUUGGAUGUGCCCACCCGCGCCGCCACCAGCGGCGGCAGCAGCGGCAGCAGCAGCGGCAGCAGUGGCGGCGACGGAGGAGGAGCUGGUACCGGCGGUACCGGCGGCGGAGGGCUCCCCGUCCCGAUGCCCGCAGGCGCCGGCCAGCGGCAGCCUGCGGCGGCGCGGGACGGCAGCGCGGCCGGAACCGGCACGGACGCGGCAGGCGCCGCGCCGGGCGGGGCCCAGCCCUCGGCCGGCGGCCUGGCGGUUGUCGUGGCUCUGGCCGCCGUGGCCGCGCUGCUGGCGGGGGGUGCCGCGGGAGGGCUGGCGUGGCGGCACAAGCGGCGGCAGCGGCGGCGCCGCUCCGGCGACGCCGGCCUGGUGCGCCAGCAGCUGCUGGGCGGCGGCGGGCCCGGCAGCGGCGACGGUCCGGGCGGCGGCGCCGCCGCCUUGCUGGCCGCCGCCGCCUCGCCCGAGGCCGGCGGCGGCGAGGCCGGCGGCGGCGAGGAGGGCUGCGGGCUGCCAUCGCCGCGCAGCCAGCAGCGGGACAAGAGCGUGCGUACCGCGGAGCUUCUCAGCCGCACGCUCGUCGAGGCGGGCAGGGGUGGCGGGGAGAUUGAGAUGCACCCUGUGGGCGGCCUGCCUGCCGAGAUAGAGGACAGAAUGGAGGCGGCGGCGGGGCUGUCGGGGGCAGCCACACCCAGCAAUCCCGAUUCCGGCAGCCUUGCCACCUGCUCCGCCGCGCUGGGGGAGAUUGCCCAGGUGCAGGCGCUGCUCAGCGAGCAGGCCGCCGCCGCGUCAGCAGGCGGCGGAAGCAGCAGCCGCGGCAGCCGCGGCCGGGCGCCACCCGGCGGCGGCGGCGGUGGGGUGACAGAGGUGGAGCUUGCGGCGGCUGCGGCGGCGGCGGGAGCGGCGGCGCGGUACCCUUAUGCCGGCUCCGGCAGCAGCUCAGGCUGGACCCACAGCAGCGCCCCCUCCCCAGCAGGCUCCGGCUUCCUGGGCGGCGGCGGCGUGGUGAGCGGCACCACCGUGCUGCCGCCCUCCCCGCCCGCCACCUCUACCCACCCGAGCUAUGCUGCUGGCGGCUAUGCUGCUGCUGCCAGCGGCUCUGAUGGCGGCUUUGCUGGCGGCGGCGGCGGUGGCAGCGGCGGCGGCGGCGGCGGCGGCGAGGACCCUUCUUCCUCCAAGCCCCGCGGCCAGCGGCGCUGGGACGCCCUGGACAGCCAGCCUCUGGCGCUGGACAGCCAGCCCAAGCUUCUGGAGUUUGACAAAGGGCCCGACGGAGAGCUGGUGCUUCUGGGAGAGGGCGGCUUUGCCUCUGUGUACCAAGCCCGCCUGGGGGAUCAACCAGUGGCGGUCAAGGCACGCGAUGCCGCCGCUCCCGCCGCCUCGGGGCGUGUGUUUGAGCUGGUGGCCGACCUCGAUUCCACUGCCAUCUGGCGCGAGGUGGCGCUGCUGCGGCAGUGCCAGCACCCGAGGGUCGUCCCCGUGUACGGUGUGGCCAUAGUCAACUCCUUGCUGAUGAUGGCAAUGGGCCUUAUGGAGGGAGGCACGCUGCGCACGGCGCUCAAGGACGAGGCGCGGCGCCCGCGGCUGGCCUGGCAUGAGGGCGGGCGGCAGGUGGCCAUGGAUGUGGCGGAAGCUCUCGACUACCUGCACACCCAGCGCCAGAUCAUGCACAGCGACCUCAAGGCCAGCAACGUGCUGCUUUCCUCUGAUCUGCGCGCCUCGCUGGCAGACCUGGGCGUGUCUCAAGUGCUGCUCAGCAGCGCGCGCUCGGCGGCGGGCCUCAGCCUGACGUAUGCGGCCCCCGAGCAGCUGAUGGGCCUGCGCUGCACCCUGGCCGCCGACGUCUACAGCCUGGGCAUCCUGCUGGUGGAGAUCACCACGCAGCACAUGGGCACCAAGCGCGGGGAGUGGCGCCCGCCGCACGUGCCGCAGGAGUGCUCGCAGGAGGUUCUGGAGCUCAUCCAGGCCUGCAUCGCCCCCAGCCCGCAGCGCCGCCCCACCGCGGCCCAGGUGCUGCAGCGGCUGCGUGCCGACGCGGCGGCGCCGCCUGUGGAGCCCAUCCAGCGGUCGACGCCCCUGGCCUCCCAGCGGCACACCACCACCAGCAGCAGCAGCAGCAGCAGCCAGGCGCCUGCGCCUCCCCCUCCGCAUGUAGAGCCGGCGCCGGCGCCAGAGGCGCUGCCGGCCGCGCAGCCGUCCUCGCCAACAGCAAGCAGUGGUGGCAGCCGCAGCGGCGGCGGCGGCGGCGGCGGAGGGGGAGGGGGAGGGUUCAGCUUCUGGGCCAGCGGCCAGCAGCCGCAGCAGCAGGCGCAGGGGCAGCCAGGAGCGCUGGAGGAGGCGCCGCUGCUGGCUGGGGCCAGCCAGGCGUCAGACCCGGGCGGAGAGUUUGCUGGCCUGGGCCGCUUGUGA